AUGGGUACUUAUGACUACAGCCCGCGCCGUAUCUCGAACGACUAUUUCGGUAUCGAUGUCGGCCUCCGCGGCAAAGCCUUGCUCUCGGUCAUCACCGCCAGUUGUGCCGGUGGCUUUCUGCUUGUCGGUUACGACAACGGCGUAAUGGGCGGUAUCGUUGGCUUGGGCGAGUUCAACAAGACCUUCAACAACCCGGACGCCAACACGAUCGGAAACAUUGUCUCUCUUUACGAAAUCGGAUGCUUCAUCGGCGCCCUCGCCACAUUUGUCGUUGGUGACUUCCUCGGCCGUCGGCGCACCAUCCUCCUCAGCUCCCUCUUCAUGAUCGCUGGUGCCAUCAUCCAGGCUGCAAGCAGCACUGUCGGCGUCAUGAUCGCUGGCCGAAUCAUUUCAGGUCUUGGCAUGGGCGCCAUCAACUCUACCGUGCCCAUCCUCCAGGCCGAAACUUCUCCCGCUGUCUCUCGUGGCAAGCUCGUCGCAGUAGACCUUACUGUGCUCAACUUUGGUAUUGUGAUCAGCUAUUGGGUUGACUAUGCCUUUGGCUUCAGCGGCUUAAGCGGAAGCAAAGUGUGGCGAAUCCCCCUCGCACUCCAGUGCGUCUUCAUCGCCGUCCUUAUGUUCACCACCCUCAUCAUCCCCGAUAGUCCUCGUUGGCUUGCAAAGAAAGGGCGACACGAGGAGGCCAUCGCUGUCAUCGAGCGUCUUCACAACGCCUCUAUCGAUUCUCCGGAGGUUCAGGCAUCGUACGCUGGUAUUCAGCAGGCUCUCGAGCACGAGCGUGCCGCCAGUAACACUGGCUGGCGCUCCCUUGUCGCAUCGGACAACAUUCAAACCCGCAAGCGCCUGUUCCUGGCAUGCUUCAUCCAAGCUGCUCAACAGCUUUCGGGUAUCAAUGCAUUGAUCUACUACUCGGGAACCCUCUUCUCAAAAUCGGUCGGUCUGGACAACAAGAAAUCGGCCCUCAUGGCCGGUGGUCUCAACAUGUGCCUCAUCCUCGGUUCCACCAUCUCGAUCUUCCUUGUCGACCGCGUCGGACGCAGGAAGCUUCUCAUCCCGUGCAUUGCCGGAAUGUCGGCCGUCAUGUGCGUCCAAACCGGCCUCAUCAAAGUCAUCCAAGACAAGAUGGCUCAGGGACUCCACGCCAAUGCCAACUACGGUCGUGCUGCCUCGGCGAUGCUCUUCGUCUUCGAAUUCUUCUUCUCGCUUGGUUUCCAGGCCACCGUCUGGCUUAUCCCUUCUGAAGUACUUCCGCUGUUGAUCCGCACCAAGGGCUCGGCGCUCUCCACUGCGUCCAACUGGAUCUUCAACUUUGCCGUCGUCAAGUUCACCCCAAGUGCCCUCCAAAACAUCGGUUGGAAGACAUACAUCAUCUUCGCCAUCUUGAACGCAUGCUGGGUGCCAGUCAUCUACUUUAUGCUGCCCGAAACCAAGGGCAGGAGUCUCGAGGAGAUCGACGAGCUCUUUGCUACCGAUGACUGGCACAUUGACAACACGCAUGCUGCUGCCGACACAAAGGCGGCCGCUCACCGCAACACCGAUGUCGAGUACGCCGACCUUGACAUUGAUUCGCAGAAGGGCAGCCACAAGGACGAGAACGUUGUCACUUCGACUCUCGACUCGAGGCAAUGA